AUGGCAAAUACAGAGAACGAAUGGGAACUUGAGGAGGGUAUCCCUCAGGUUGGGGAUCCUUUCAUCCAACAAUAUCUGAAAGGACGCGAUGCUUUAAUUAUGGAAGAAAAAAAGCGACGUCACGAUGCAAAUCUGCGCAAAUCUCUAUCACCUAUCGCCGCCCGGGCGACGAAGAUUGUGUCGCAGAUCCGAGCUCAGGAACAGAACGAGCUGUGGUCAAGUGGAUUGGACGAUGCCGUGGCCCACCAGGCGGAUGAGAUCCUCUACCCCGGUGUCAUGUUCAAUCUGGCCAAAGGCCGCAUGGAGACGACUAAACUAUGGAAAAUCGUGGAAAAGAUGCCAAAGGGGUCCCUCCUGCAUGCCCAUAUGGACGCCAUGUUCGACAUCAACUUCCUAAUUGACCAGGCAUUCUCCACUCCCGGCAUACACAUGUUAGCGCCGAAGCCGUUGAUCACAGCCAAGGACUACGAAGAAGCGACCGUGCUUUUCCAGUAUUCCUCGCAGCCUCUAGAAGCAUCCGAGGACAAGCCAAGUAUUUGGUCGGAGAAAUACGAGGCCUCGUCGUUGAUCUCGAUUCAGAAGACCGCCUCCUCUUUCCCCAAGAGGGGAGAGAAGGGCUUCCGGGAAUGGCUGAACAACCGAUGUGUCCUUCUGCCGGAACAUUCGUAUCACCACCACCACGGAGUAGACGCAAUUUGGUCUAUCUUCACAAAGACUUUCCCCAUUGUCGGCUCUCUCUUGAUGUACGAGCCUAUCUUCCGUGCCUGUUUGCGCCGGUUGCUCGGACAGCUUGCCGAGGAUGGAAUUCGAUACGUGGAGUUCCGCAUUGGAUUUGUCUUCGAAUUUCGGAAAGAAGGAAACGACAAACCCGAAGAAGACUACUUUGAGUGGUGUCGUGUGGUGGAAGAUGUUGUGGCUCAGUUCAAACAAACGGAUGAAGGGAAGGACUUCUACGAUCCUCGCAUUAUUUGGACUACGCUCCGGUGGUUUAGCAAUGAGGCGAUUGUCAAUAGCAUGAAACAGUGCAUCGAAACGAAGCAGGAGUUCCCCGCUCUGAUUAGUGGGUUUGAUCUUGUUGGCCAAGAGGACAACGGAAGGCCGCUAGUCGACCUUGUGCCGUUACUAUUUUGGUUCCGAAAGCAAUGUGCGGAAGAAGACGUCGAUAUUCCCUUCUUUUUCCACGCUGGAGAAUGUCUGGGCGACGGUGACGCGACAGACCACAACCUAUUCGAUGCUAUCCUUCUUGGCACUCGACGAAUCGGCCAUGCGUUUUCGCUUUACAAGCAUCCUCUGCUCAUUGAUUUAGUCAAAGAGAAGAAGAUCCUCGUGGAAUGCUGCCCGAUCUCGAAUGAAGUGCUCCGCCUUGCUAGCUCCAUCAAAACCCAUCCUUUGCCCGCGCUAUUGUCCAGAGGCGUCCCCGUUUCGCUGUGCAACGACGACCCCGCAAUUCUCGGCCAUGGAAGGAAUGGAUUGACGCACGAUUUCUGGCAGGCUUUGCAGGGACUCGAAAAUGUGGAUUUGGUCGGCCUAUCAAUGAUGGCCCAGAACUCCAUCCGGUGGAGCUGCUAUGAAGACCAGUCGACCGCCGAGUGGAAAGCUGGCAUUCAAAAUGGGGUAAUGGGGAAGGGGAUGAAAUCUGAACGUCUGCAGCAAUUUGCUUCGGAUUUCGAGAAAUUCUGCGAGUGGAUUGUGCUGGAGUUCGCUGAAUACGAUGCUGGGGACGAUUGA